GCCGCAUCUUACUUACUAUGGGAUUGUAGCCCACCUCACACCAUGCGCUCUACAUUGUAAACUCUCGGCCAUGUUUGUUUGCAGAGCUUGCGCAAGGCGGGCGUCGACCUCGGUGCUACGUCAAGUCCCACACGCCGACGGCCGCCUGGCAGUCCUGCCCAGACAAUUUGGAACGAGCUCGCUCCUGCGACAGGGACAGGACCAGGGAGAUGCCUUUGCCCAAUUCGAGGCCUCGGUCGAGAGGCAGAAGACAGCCGGAGAUGUGCAGGCCGACAAGAAGAAGUCGCUGGAAAAGGCGAAACGAGCAAUGAAGAAAGAGCUCCAAUACACGACAGAUCCCUACCAUAUAGCCGACAACGUCCUCAAGAAGCUGAAGCAGAACGACUUCGACAGGGCGCUGCUGUUGACCCGGGAGGCAAGCAAGGACAAGCAAUGUGUGGUCAGCUGGAACCAUUGUAUAGAGUACCAGUUCAAGAAUAACAAGCUGCAUGCCGCUAUCAAGCUGUUCAACGAAAUGAAAAAGCGCGCUCAAUUACCAAACGCCCAAACCUACACCGUUAUCUUCAGAGGCUGCGCCGAAUCCCAGCACCCGACGGCCGCGGUCGGGGAGGCGCUCAAGAUUUACAACGCCAUGCUUGCAAGCAGCCGGCUGAAGCCCAACAUCACACAUCUCAACGCGGUCCUCGACGUCUGCGCCAAAGCCCAGGACCUCGAGUCCAUGUUUGUCACGCUUCGCUCGGCCGACAACGCUCGCGCCCCAAACAACUGGACCUACACCAUCAUAUUGAAUGCGCUACGCCACCAGCCUUCCAAUUCUAAGGGUCUUGGGGACUCGGACCGCGCUGAUGCGCUUGCUGUUCAAAAGAGCAUAGAGACGACUAUACAAAGGGGAAAGUUGGUGUGGGAUGAGGUCAUGGCCCGGUGGAAGAAGAACGAGAUCGUGAUGGACGAGGAGCUGAUGUGCGCGAUGGGCCGGCUUCUACUCCUCGGUGGCGCAAAGGAGAUCGAGUCUAUCCUCGCCUUGCUGUCCAACGUGCUUGGGGCACCGAGGUUCGAUAAAGAGCAGCUGCCUGCUUCGGGGCAGAUACCUGGCAGCGACCAGAACGACAAUUCACAGGCGACCUCAGCGCCAAGGACAGGAGAACAGCAACAGCGACAAUUGCAAGGACCCUCAAAGCCGAUGGCGGGCAAGAACACGCUGUCGCUCGUCAUGAAAGCCUUAGGUCUGGGCAGGAGGACGAAACUAGCCGCAAGGUACUGGGACUACCUCACGGGCACCUUCGGCAUCGCCCCGGACAGGUGGAACUAUGAGCACUACCUGGACGUCCUGUCCACCGGGGCAGCGAGCGGGAAAGCAGCCCGCGUGAUCGAGGCCAUGCCCGCAGACAUGAUCGACGGCCGCAUCAUCAGGCGGGGCCUGCUGAUGUGCCACUUUGACGGCUACAACGAAAACUCCUUCGAGAACGCGACCGUCAUCUUCGACACAAUGAUGAAGAAGAUGAGGACGCCCGACGCCGAGUGCAUGAAGCUCUUCCUGCAGGUAUCGACGAGCAGCUACCGCAAGUUCGACGAUAGAUCAAAGUUCCACGUUGAAUCCAAGGCCAAGCUGGCCUAUGGCCGACAGAUUUUCAACGCCGUUGACCGUGUCUGGGAGCCACUAAGGUUGGCGACGAACGCCUUAACCUUCUCAGCCAACGCUCUCAACUCCAGAUCGCCUGAUGAGAGUUGGAAGCGAGACUACCCCAAUCGGAAGUCCCUCCUUGACGUUGCCAAGCGGGUCGUCGCCGUCUGUGAUAAGGUGAUCUCCCAAAGCCUGGUGCAGCGAGGCUCGGAUGAUGCCAGAGUCAUUCUGAUUCGACGCAAGGUGAUGAACGACUAUGUACAGCGAGCCCUUGAGAAGAACAUUCAGCUGGGAAAAGGCUUCAAGAGGAGCCCCGGAGAUGGUGACAAUGGUGAAUUCACGCCUGCCGUCUAAGGACAUACGGCCGUGUGUACAGAUAAUUUAUCUAAUGAGGCAACGAGUGUUCACAAAGAAACCAGCUCUAAUAAUCUCUUCCUCUGAGACUGCAGAAUUCGGUCGGUAAUACCAGGCCAGCCCUAACGUUGUGCCCUUGUCCUGCCCCGAGAAGAAUAUUUGAAUGCCCCUGACGAAGAGUCGGCACCACAGCUCAAUCUCAUCAGUGGCAGAGAAAUGAUGUCUAACAAAAGAAAACUUCACCUCGUCCGCACUGUUUGAUGCAUCCCCCUACCCAUCUUGCGGUGGAAAACUAGAAGCGAACGUGUCAUGCGAACGUCUUCCCGCCCAAUCUCGCUGCCAUAUCCAAGUCCUCUGAAAUCCCGCUGAUGUGGGAGUGGUCGUGGAGCUCGAAUGGAGUUUCUGAGCCGAAUGAUAGGAUGCUUUCUUCCUGGUGCUCAAGGAAGCCGCCAAACUGAGAAUCGACGUCAAGACGGCAUCCCAGGUCGUCCUCAGUGUCGGACUGGGUUUGCAGGCCAACCUCGGUGCA